AUGAGGUCGUCCAGAGAACGCGAUCGAAUUUUCAACAACCAGCCAAAUAACAAUCAAGAAACAGAGACAGAGCUAUCAGAGUCAGAGUCACAGCUUUCAUCGUCACCAUUUGAAGGGACAGGAAUAGUCAAUAUGAUAUCUUCCGAUCCAGUCACUGUUGUGCUCGCUACACCCGGCCAUGGAUCCGACCAGCCGAUUGAAAUAUCCUACACUGACACGAAAGUCAUUGGAAAUGGAUCAUUCGGAGUCGUCUACCAGGCUCGACUUCUGGACGACGCAGGACCAGCAGAUCAAAAUGUAAUCGCGAUCAAGAAAGUGCUGCAAGACAAGCGCUUCAAGAAUCGAGAACUUUCAAUAAUGAGGAAGAUCGAGCACACAAACAUCGUCGCUCUUCGCUUUUUCUUCUACUCAGGCGGAGACAAGAGGGACGAAGUGUAUUUAAAUUUGGUGCUAGACUUGGUCCCCGAAAAUUUGUACAGACUUGCAAGAAAUUAUGGAAAAGCAAAGCAAAUGAUUCCGAUUCUCCUGAUCAAGCUGUAUAUGUAUCAGCUCUUCCGUGCUUUGGCGUAUAUUCAUUCUCAUGGAAUCUGUCACCGUGACAUCAAACCUCAGAAUCUUUUGCUUGAUCCGGAGUCAGGCGUGUUGAAGCUUUGCGACUUUGGAUCCGCUAAACAACUCAUUCCUAACGAACCGAACGUUUCAUAUAUAUGCUCAAGAUAUUACCGCGCACCAGAAUUGAUUUUCGGAGCUACCGAUUACACUUGCCAGAUUGACGUCUGGUCAGCCGGUUGCGUCCUUGCUGAGUUGCUUCUCGGCCAACCGAUUUUCCCCGGUGACUCCGGCGUCGAUCAGCUUGUCGAAAUCAUCAAGGUGCUUGGAACGCCAACGCGAGAGCAGAUCAAAGACAUGAAUCCAAAUUAUACUGAACUCAAAUUUCCAAUGAUAAAGGCUCACCCAUGGAGCAAAGUGUUUCGCCCAAGAACCUCGACAGAAGCAAUCGCUCUCUGCUCUAAUUUGCUGGAAUAUCGACCCGCUGCCAGAAUUACACCCCUCAAAGCCUGCUCGCAUACAUUCUUUGAUGUUCUCCGUCAGCCUGAUACAAGAUUGCCAAAUAAGAAACCUCUUCCUCCACUUUUCAACUUCACAAGACACGAGUUACAAAUUGAACCAACUAUCAACGGUUUGCUGAUGCCAGUUUCUGCUGCGAGCAGUAGCACUGCCGUCGCUGAUGGAGCGGAGGCUCCCGCCGGCUCUUCAACUUCGACCACGAGCGCUUCUGCAGAGCCCAAGACCGAGCCGAUGAGUCCCGGGCCCAGCAGCGCCAAUUAG